AUGCAGUCCGCCACCAAUGUAGACGAUGAAAGAUUGGUUAUGGUGACUUUCGCAGAUGGCUUGCAGAGUAAAUACCCCUACAUAUGGUUGCUCGAUAACUGUCUGUGUUCUAAGUGUUAUAUCCAUUCAGCUAAUCAACGUCGGUUACUGUUCAGUCAGUUAGAUUUUCAGGCAGCUCCUGAAUCAGUGACGAUUACCGCAGAUGGAGCGAAUCUCACCGUUACGUGGUCCAAAGAACAUAGUAGUGACUACACCGCUGACUGGUUACGCACACACCAGUUUGAUUCCUCGAAACCAGACGAGGCUGCAGAGCCACAUCUGAAUAUAUGGGGUGCUGAGAUGGUGAAUACAAUACCCACAUACAACUUUGAAAGUGUCAUGAACGACGACGCCGAGCUAUACAAGUGGCUUAAUUCAUUGAAUACAACAGGCCUGGCAUUGAUUAAGAAUGUACCUCGUAAAGUUGGGCAAAAUGAGCGUAUUGCCAAUCGGGUCUCUUACCUGAGGCCUACAAAUUAUGGGGUCUUUUUCACAGUAAAGAGUAAAAUGGGUGCCAGUAAUGCAGCCUAUACCACAGCCAGACUUGGUCUGCACACUGAUUUGCCAUUCUAUGAUCAUACACCUGGGCAAUGCGACGAUGAGGGCGGGGUGAGCGAGUUCACUGAUGGUUUUAAAGCUGCACUACAGUUGAAAGAAGAAAACCCCAAAGCGUUCAAGAUACUGACGACGAGCUGGCUGGACUUCUUCGAUAUUGGGACUGAUUAUUACCCCUAUAAUUUAACUAGACAAGCUACACCCAUUGGUCUUGGAAGGAAUGGAGAGGUGGAACGUAUCAGGUAUAAUCAGACCUGCCGAUCGACUAUGAUGCGUAUUCCAGUGGAACAGGUUGAGGCAGUCUAUAAAGCAUUGAAGGCUUUCGACGAAAUUCUCCACCAUAAGGACAAUAUCAUACAAUUUAAAAUGGAAUCAGGAGACAUGGUCGCCUUUAAUAAUAUUCGUGUCCUCCAUGGAAGGUCUGCCUUCAAGAUUGGGCAGCAGGGUAGCCGUCAUCUAGAAGGUGGUUACAUUGAUUGGGAUGAAAUCCGUUCUAAGCUGAGAGUUCUAAAAGCAUCCCUAAAGUCGCCUCUUAGUUGGGUAUAA